AUGUUGGAGCCUGACUGGAGUAAAGAGAUUGUCCAUGUGACAGAUAGGCCCAUAGCACAGGCACUGGCACUUAAGCAGGAUGAGGAGAACAUCCACCUAGAGGUGCAAAGACAGAAGGAUGAGACACCAGACUUCCAGAGGGCGCUAUUUCGCAGGGGACAUCUGGCUGUGGGAAGCAGGCUCGCGCUGAAAUCCCAGACUUGGUCUUCCCUGACAGGGCUGCAGCACUAUCUGCUCCGGAAGGACAACUACGCCGAGCGGGUCGGGGCGGGCGCGCCGGUCUACCUGGCGGCGGUCCUGGAGUACCUGACCGCCGAGAUCCUGGAGCUGGCGGGCAACGCGGCCCGCGACAACAAGAAGACCCGCAUCAUCCCGCGCCUCCUGCAGCUGGCCAUCCGCAACGACGAGGAGCUCAACAAGCUCCUAGGAAACGUCACCAUCGCGCAGGGCGGCGUCCUGCCCAACAUCCAGGCCGUGCUGCUGCCCAAGAAGACCGAGAGCCACCACAAGGCCAAGGGCAAGUCACGUCCCCAGGUGAAAACCAUUCACCAAUAGAGGAGAAACACAAUGGCCACCAAGACAGAGUUGGGCCCCAUAGCAAGGGAGAGGAAGUACGCCC